GUCCGUCUCGGCAAUGCACUGGACUGUUAAGGUAAAGUAUGGCGAGCAUGUAUCGAACGUUUUCGCAAAUGAGUGUCUCACCGCCUAUCUUCUUCCGAGGGCCACGUGACUGGCACCCUUAUCUUGAGUCAAUCGCGCACUUUUCGACAUUCCCAAACAAGACGAUGGAUUCAGGUGCUGGAAAACCAAUGGUCGAAAAGCCUGCCUUUGCGCGAAUCGAUUCGCACCAGGUUGACAUUGAAGAUCACAACUUUGGUCUUGUACUGGGUCCUACAGCCGUUUUCACACCGAAUGAGACCGAACUUGGGGCUCUUCGCUUACUCGACCUUCCUCGCGAGAUCAGAGACCACAUUUACUCCUACUUGCAUCAACCACAUCAAUUGAUAUGGGAGAUCGGUAAGCGCCACGUCCAUUGCGUAUCGAUCAAUGUGCCGAAAGCUCCAAUACCGGCGGUGCUGCAGACAUGCACACGCUUGCGUGAUGAAUAUCGAGAGUCACCCUCACUACGGACGCUUGCUGCGACAAUAUCGACAACACGCGCGACCAAUCAUGAAACUGCUGCUUCGACCGAUCUGCAGUGUCACGCAGUCGCGAGAUCAGUCAUCAUGCAUACCGAGCCGGCGCCAAUCGAGCAUGUGGCAUAUCUACUAGCCUCUGUUAGGACUGUUACCAUCUUGAUGGAGAACAAACGCUCCUUGGAUGAGGACACUCCGGUAUGGAACGAAUUGCGAACGCUGGAAUCAUUGCUUUCGCCCUUCCAUCAAACGCUGACUACCAUUCGAGUUGCAGUCCAUCAAUGCCAGGACCCACAUCCUCUGCAGAUGAACUCCAGGCGCGAGACCGAAGCAUACACAGACCCUAGUCUCAUCACAUCAAGGUUCAUGCCAAUACCCAGUACCACAUUCAUGGGCAAACCCCUCAUCCAGCAAGCAGCCGGCUACCGUCUACAGCUCGUACUCUUGCAAAUGCAUCCUUCGGACCAGGAGGAUUUGCUUGAGCGUUUCCACCGCCACAGGACUGGCGUGUACGUGUACAGCGACGAGUCACCUAUCCGGCUAGCUAAGGAGGGCUUGUAUUGGAUACAGGGGGAGGUUGUGAAGUCGUUCCCAAUUAACUGCAGUUGGUUCAAUAUGCAGAGGUCAAUGAACUUGAAUAUGAGAGAUCGCUUUGACGCGUUCGGUGUGACGGAUGCCUGGAUCCAGACGGAAUAUGGAUCGAACGCCUGCAAAAUGAUGGAGUGGCGGGAAAAGAGGGGAAAAGAUGCGACUGAGUGGGAGGUUUGAACCAUGUAUAAAGAAAAUAUUAGCGAGGCAUUCGAGACGCUGUAGUUCGGCGCACGGAAAUCUCAAGUGAUCGCCAAGUCGCCCAUGCAGUCAUGCGUCAUUCUGUGCAGAUGUACGUCUGACAUACACAGUAGGUUGCAGCCCGGGAAGCCCUGGCGGUUCUGGCACGCGAGGGCAAGGCCAGUACGCAGCAUCGUCAUGACUUAGAGGCGACUGCGAGUGCCAGAGCGACUUGUAUCGGGUAUAUUUGCGAACAACGACUUUAACCAACAGCUGACAUUCAAUUCUUGACAUUGGUGAAGCAGAGGUAAGAGAGCAUGAGCUAGCAGGUCCCGUCGGAUGUCGGAUCGUAUCGUAUGAAAAGGAAAAAAUAAA